CUCCACUCCCCGACACGCAAGUUAUUUUAGUUGAGUUGCAGGUUGGAAGUUGGAGUUUAAAAACCCUCUCUCCCUCUUACAUUCCAAAACGAGUCACCAGAUUCAACAUCAUACUAUAAUCUUUUCUCUGUUCCUCUCAUGGCUUCUCUUCAUCGAGAUGAUGCUGAAGUUGCUUUUGAAGAAGGAAUGCUCUGUUUACCCUCCCAUGUUCUUGACGAGGCAUGUGAUCACUCCAAGAACCACCACCAAAGACAGAAGCAACAAGGCUACCACAGGGACCCACAGUUUCAGUACUCAAAAUCUAUUCCAUGGGCAAGAUCAUCAUCAUAUCAAAGGUCGAAACAUGCGACAGGUGGGCCUGGGAUGCAAGCUGUUUUCUUAGUCUCUGGGCAAGGAUCAUGUGGCACUGGAGUUUUCUUACCCCAAAAAGCAGCCACAAAAUCAACUAGGAAGCCAGCGUGCGCUCCUGUCCUCCUUCCAGCUCGAGUUGUUCAAGCUCUAAAUCUUAAAGUGCAUCAAUUAGGCCUGCAGAUUUCACCUUCUCAAGGUCCCAAAUGUAGCCCACGACGUGGAGAAGAAGCAUACAGUGGUGAGUCAGAGAAAAAGAAAAACGAUGAGAAAGAUGGGAUGAAGCAAUGCAGUGUUAUUAGUCAGAGUCAAAGCUCUUCUGCUGAGAUAUUUCUUCCAAAGGAAUGGACGUAUUAGCUUGCUAACUUGUGUGUCUCCUUAGAAGAAAACAAAAAAGGAACUAGCGCGGGAAUAUCAAGUGUAUAUGCAUGUAGUAAGUUAGCUAGAGAUAAUUUCAUCAUAAAAGCCGGUUGUUAAAUUAUUUGUGCUGAUGGACCCUGACCAUGUAAUUUUAUUAAAUAAAUAAAAGCACUAAAGUUCCGGUUCUA